AUGUCUUCAAAUAACAAGAACGAAGAGGCCGCAAGAGAUGAAGCAGUCAGUUAUGUCAUUGAUCCAGUUAGAGCCCAGGAAAAGGCAGCAGAUGAUGGCGACGCCGCGGCACCACAGUUACAACGAGCGCUGGAUGCUCGUCAUUUACAAAUGUUGGCAAUCGCUUCCAGUAUUGGUACAGGAUUGUUUAUUGGAUCUGGACAAGCCUUGAGAACUGGUGGGCCUUUGGCUCUGGUCGUUUCAUUCACAUGGCUCGGUGCAGUGUUGACAACUAUGAUGCAAUGUCUCUGCGAGAUGGCAACAUUGUAUCCCACGUCUGGAAGUUUUGUUACAUAUGCUUCCAGAUAUAUUGAUCCUGCCUGGGGAUUCACGAUAGGAAUAAUGUAUUGGGCAUGCUGGAUCGGCGCUUUCGGUACAGAAGCAACCGCGGCUAGAAUCCUCGUUGGUUACUGGCUCCCGCCAGAUUGGAGUUCUAGCCCCGGAAAUGCAGCCAUUUUGAUUACUGUAUUCAACGUUAUUAUGGUGUGCAUUCACAUAUGCCCUGUGAGGGUAUUUGGUGAGAUAGAGUUUUGGGUAUCUUCUUUGAAGGUUAUUUCUAUCGUGAUGUUCCUGAUCGUCAUUUGGGUUAUCAUGGGAGGCGGAGGCCCAGAAGGGCAGAGACAUGACGGAGAAUACUGGGUAGAUCCCGGUGCUCUUCUCAAUGGCUUCAAAGGUUUAUCGAGUGUUUUUGUCACAGCAGCAUUCUCAUGUGGCGGUACUGAAGUCGCUGGUAUUGCUGGGGGCGAGACACGGCAGCCUCGUAUCGCGAUGCCUCGGGCUGUUCGCACUUUGAUGUUUCGUAUCGUCUUUUUUUACGUGGUAACUAUCUUAUUUCUCACCUUUGUGGUGUCCGCAAGUGAUCCAAGACUCUUGGGUGGAAGUGGAGGAGGUUCAGUGGACUCUUCGCCAUUUGUGAUUGCCAUUAGCAAUGCAGGUAUUAAGGUCCUGCCUGAUAUUCUCAACGUAAUCGUCCUUUUGUGUGUCUGUAGCGUUGGGAGCGUCAGUAUUUAUACUGCCUCUCGUGUAUUGUGUAACAUGUCACAAAUCGGACUAUUGGGUAAAUAUUGGGGGUUCGAAAAGGUUGAUAGACAUGGAAGACCUAUGCGGGCUAUCUUGAUGACAGCGGUCAUCGCUGUAGGACUCUCGUAUUUGAACUGCACAUCUUCUGCUGCAAACGCUUUUGAAUGGUUCACCUCACUGUCUGGUAUUGCUUUCCUCACCUGUUGGCCAACCAUAAUUUUCGCAAACUGGCGCUGGCGUGCGGGUAUCAAGGCACAGAACAUCAACAUCUUUGGGCAAAAAUAUGUUUAUGAAGCUUUGUGGCGCCCAGUAUAUCCACUUUUUGGAUUCAUUUCCUUGAUUUUCAUGCUGGGUUGCCAUAUUUAUGUUUCUGCCUCACCAAUCACGGCCACGCCAUCUGCCGAGAAUUUCUUUAGGAGUUGCAUCGGUAUUCCAUUGAUCCUUGUUUUGUACUUUGGCUACAAAGCUACCUAUGGUACACGUAUCGUGCGAUCUCAUGUGAUGAAUCUGUGGGAAGACAAGAUUUCGGAAGAUGACUUUAUAGAUCAGGAGCAUAGGUUAGAUGAGUAUUAUAGACAGACUAGAUGGAAGCGCUUCCUCUCGUAUGUACGCUUAUAG